CCACCUCAUUCUCCCCCCCCCCAUCCUAGGAUCCAAUGAUAGCUGGACAAGUCAGUAAGCCCUUGCUGUCACUGCGGAGUGAAAUGAAUGCAGAGUUGAGAGGUGAGGACAAGGCAGCUACUUCAGACAACGAGCUGAAUGAGCCCUUACUUGCGCCUGUGGAAUCAAAUGACAGCGAGGACGCUCCCAGCAAGCUCUUCGGGGCCAGAGGAAAUCCAGUGCUGUCUGAUACAAGCACAGCUGAUCAGCAUCAGCCCAGUCAGUCCCACCCAGCAUUCCCUGUUGUGCCCCAGCCAUUACUGACAGCUCAACAGUUAGCCUCAGCGGUAGCGGGGGUGAUGCCAGGAGGCACUCCAGCCCUAAAUCAACCUAUCCUUAUUCCCUUCAACAUGGCUGGACAACUGGGUGGUCAACAAGGACUGGUCCUAACUCUGCCUACAGCUAAUCUCACCAACAUCCAAGGGCUGGUAGCAGCAGCUGCAGCAGGAGGCAUUAUGACUUUGCCAUUGCAAAAUCUACAAGGCUACUGCUUAUCUGGCAUCUUACCUCUAGCCUGAAGUAUCAUGUCCCUUAAAAAUGGCAUAGAAGAGAUUCAAAUGAGCCCCAGCAUUCAGGAACCCAG